ACCACCACACAGACUUUCUCAUACACAAAGUUUCAUAUACAUCUCAGACUGCGUAAGGGCGCUCAUCUGUGGACAGGACUAACCCCCCCCAAAAAAACAAACCAAAAACCCAAAACAAAACAAAAGGCUGCCAAGAUGUGCUGCUCGGGAUUCCUGAAAAUCAUUAUGUUCGUCUUCAAUGGCGUGAUCUUCUUGGCAGGGGCUGUAGUCUUGGCCGUGGGGAUCUGGGUGUCGGUGGACAGCAGCUCUCUGCUGGGCGUGUUAUCUCACAUUCCCGACGCUCCUCCUGAGUUAGCGCAGCUGGCUAACGUGGGCUACCUGCUGAUCGCGGUCGGCACCGUCCUCGCCCUCAUGGGCUUCCUGGGCUGCUGUGGAGCAGUCACCGAGAACAAGUGCAUGCUCCUCAUGUUCUUCAUCAUUGUGCUCAUCAUCUUCAUUGCUGAGGUGGCUGGGGCCAUCGUCAUCCUCGUGUUUCAACCCUUGGUAAAGGAACUGUUGGUGAAAGUGAAUGAGAAAUUUGUUGUAACCAUCCAGAAAAACUAUGGAAAAGAUGCUGGAUUCACAACCGUGAUGAAUGAAACUAUGACUCAGCUGAAAUGCUGUGGAUUUAACAACUACACCGACUUCACUGGAUCUCCUUUUGUAACAGAUACCAACAAUUACCCAGAGUCCUGCUGCUUUAAAAGUCUCACAAUUUGCAAUCUGAAUGCAGCAGAGGCAUCAGCAGAGGUGGGCUGUUUUAACGCUCUGGUGACACUCAUAGAAGACAAUGCUUCCAUACUGGGGGGUGUGGCCCUUGGCAUUGCUGCCCUGGAGAUUGCCGCGAUGGUCGUCUCCAUGGUCCUGUAUAACAAUGUGGGCAAAUAACAUCAAGCACAUUGUCCCUAAAUGCCUAGUACUUCACCCACCACUAGUAACUGAAAUGUAUUUUAUCUGAUCAUUCCUAAUAGGAUAACAACUUCUGUGACCUAGUAGGAAUUACUUAUCCCAAUCUCAUUUACAGUGCAGUAAUAGAGGCACAAAAUUCGUUUUCCUCGUCUUCCUCACCAGUGUGAGCCACACUCACUCCAUUCCUCUCUCGUCCCAAAUUCACCCCAGAAACAUGCACUUCAUGUGGUGUCUAGCUGCUGUUUUCAAACAGUAGCAAAACAGUAUAACAGCAAAACACAUUCAGUCAUUACUGUCCCAUCAGUCUUCCAGUAUGUUAAAGAAACUGGAUAUCUGGAAAACGAUAACUGUAGUUUUCCUCUGGAAGUUCAAAUAAAUUGGCCACCCCUUGAUAUUUAGUGUUUAGUAGGUCAACAAAUCUGCAGAUGCUUUAGACAUGAACUGCAUGAAUUAAAGUUCUUUCUGUGCAGCUUCAGUGUUGAAGAACUAGAGAGUGGAGAUAAGGGGCUAUGUGCAGUACUUGCAGAGCAAGUCCAAUUCAUUUCUUUUUAUUUGCAUGUAAACGUCUUCUAAAUAUUUUUGCAUUGUUUUGUGU